AUGGGGUAUUUCCCUCUUUGCCAAGAGGCGCUUCCAGCGGAAAUGCCACCGCUCGGAAAAGAUGCCCUCGGCGAUUCUUCGUCCCUCGACCACAUGGUUCCAGUCGGCAUUCAUCUUUCAUAUGUGCUGUACCAAUGUCCUCUAUACCCGGCAACUCUACGUUCAAAGUGGAUGCUUGACGGCCCAACCUUGCGCCUGAGCGGUAACCGAUACAGUGAUACCUCAACGACCACCGAGACACUUAUGUAUCAAGAUGUUAUCCAAUCCUACCUGGCCAACUAUGUCCGAUUGUACUCUAUCUCGUAUACAUCCACAGGGUACAGCUCACCGAACAACAACAGGCCGUAA